UCCAGAUCUCCAUGUGGUACCACAGUGUGACAGGAGGCAGCACCCAGAUUGUCCCGACGGAGAAGACGUUCGGGAGGAGGACAGACCUUUGACUCUCCUGACGGAAAAAUUUCUCAGAGUUAAGAAGCCAUGUCGGGUGAAGAGAGUGGGAAGGAGACCCCUACAAAUGAGUGCCCCGUGUGUUACGAGCGCCUACAGAACCCCAGUAUGUCGGAGCGGAGGCUGAGCUGCGGCCAUUCCUUCUGCCAUGACUGCCUGGUGAAGUAUCUCAUGACCGCCAAAAAGGAGGGUUCCAUAAAGAAGAACAUCAUCUGUCCGCUGUGCCGCUACGUGACGUUCCUCAGCAAAAGGGGACUUAUUUUGCCGCCAAAAACUGGAGAACUCAAUCAGAUUCUUGAGGUUCCUCACAGUCUUUCCUGUCUUACGCAUUCGGCUAUCGUAGGAAACCCCAACACGUUGGUCAUACCCAUUCCCGAAACGACCGACUCGCAGAGUAAUCAAGACCUUUACAGGUGCACAUGUUCUGAUGACGCCAGCCCAGAUCUGAUAGGUCACACGUGUGGCUCCCAAGUCUUCAUCAUCAGUGAUCAAGGCCAACCCAUGGAAAGCAGCGAAGACAUGGUCACCACCAUCACCGAAACACAUCAUGUAGACGCCAGGGUGAACUGUUGUCGCUCGCCGUCUUUAAUAAUGAUCCUAUUACUGAUAUUUCUUGUGGCCGUCUUGGCGGCCGUUCUUCCAUGGAUAUUGUUGGUCAAAAAAACAUGAAGACAACGUGGCCUUUCUUCUGGACCAGAAGUAAAACGAACUUGGAGCCAAUGUGUCUUGCCGAAAACCUCUGGUGACCAUGAUAUGGAUCACGCCAGAGUUAGUAGCGUCUUCUUGGUUUGGCACUUCUUUGUUGGAUAAACCUAGACUGGACGACAAAGAUGGCGGAUAAAAACAAUGUAACGUAGGCCCGUGUUGGACCGUCAGACACGUCGGCACCUUCCGGGUUUAGUUUUCGGCCAAUAGAAGAUUCUUCUAAGCCUCGAAACAGGUCAACCAUGGAAGGUCUAUUGUUUCCUCAGCUCACUACCGACCUAUUUCUUGAGAAUGCGUGAUUUGCACCAAUAAUGAAGGGCUUUUAGAUGUAGAUUAUUUAAAAAAAAUAAUGUAAAAAGAAAAAAUAUGUAGAAAAAAACGGACUCCUAUAUCUCCACUACAUCCAAGUAGAGUUGGAAUUCUUUAAAAAUACUAUUUUUAUUUCUUCGUAAAUGUUUGUUUGUGUAAAAGACUCUGUAAGAGUCUCUAAACAAUAAAUGUGAAAAAGCCGUGAGGUUGAACAAAGCUUCUUCGAUUUUUCUUCCAAAAAUCGCGUCAUGCCUGUCCGCAGGUCCACAGGUUGUGUGGGGAAAUGUAACUCUGACCCUUAGGGUCUAUUCACACGGCGGAACUUCCGCCGGCGGAAUUCUGCCUCAAAUGAAAGCCCAAUACACUUCUAUGGGAUUCCGCACUCCCGUUGACAC